AUGGCUUCCAACGGGAUCCCGCCCGUCGACUUCUCCAAGUUCUUCAACGUCAUCGAUGGAAAGCUUGAAAGCACCGAAAAGACUCUCAGACCCCUCAACCCUUCCACGCUCGAGGAGAACCCUCCAGUGCCCUUGAGCACACAGCAAGAUGUCGACAGGGCUGUUGCGGCUGCCAAAAAGGCCCAAGAGGCAUGGAGAGAGGUGCCCUGGGCCGAACGUGCCGACAUUCUCCGGAAAAUUGGCGACGCCGUCGCCGCAAACCUUGAUGAGCUUGCCAAGCUUGUGACAAAGGAGAACGGAAAGCCUCUCAUGUUCGCCAAGAUCGAAAUGGCGGCAGGGGCCGAUAACUUUCACAAGAUUGCAAACUUCACCAUCCCUGAGAAUGUUGUGGAUGCCGACCCGGAGCACACCGUCAUCACUCGCUACACCCCCAUCGGCGUCGCUGUUGGCAUUGUGCCGUGGAACUUUCCAGUUGCGCUGGGAACAGGCAAGAUAGCGCCUGCCCUUCUGACCGGCAAUGCGAUCAUCAUCAAGCCUUCUCCUUUCACACCUUACUCGGCUCUCAAGAUCGUCGAGAUAGCACAGCCAUUCCUGCCACCUGGAGUAUUGCAGGUUCUGAGUGGUGACGACAGCCUCGGGCCAAUCUUGACUGAGCACGAAGGAAUUGACAAGAUCAGCUUCACGGGAUCCACCGCCACCGGAAAGGCCGUCAUGCGCAGCGCCAGCAAGACGCUGAAGCGUGUCACGCUCGAGCUCGGCGGUAACGAUCCUGCCAUUGUCUGCCCAGAUGUCGAUCCUGCCGAGGUCGGUCCCAAGUUGGCUACUUUUGCUCUGCUCAACUCUGGUCAGAUCUGCGUGGCCAUCAAGCGCAUGUACAUCCACGAGUCGGUCUAUGAUGCCGUGCUCAAGGCCAUGGUCGACUAUGUCAACACUCUGAAGGUCGGCGACGGCUUUGAGGAGAACGUCUUCCUGGGCCCUAUCGCCAACGGGCCGCAGUUCGAGCGGGUCAAGAACCUCUUGGAAGACAUCCAGAGUACGAAGCUCAAGAUCGCGACUGGUGGUACUGCUGCUCACAAUGGUAGUGGCAAGGGCUACUUUGUCACACCAACCAUCAUCGACAACCCGCCCGAGGACUCGAGGAUCGUGGCAGAUGAGCCGUUCGCCCCUAUCUUCCCGACGCUCAAGUGGUCCGACGAGGCCGAUGUCAUCCGUCGCGCAAACGACUCCAUAUAUGGCCUCGGUGCCUCUGUCUGGACCAACGAUACCACACAGGCCAAGCGCAUUGCCUCGAAGCUUCAAGCUGGCAACGUGUGGAUCAACGAGCACGCCAACCUGUCGCCCACUUCUGCUUUCGGUGGCCACAAGCACAGUGGCAUCGGCACUGAAUGGGGUAUCGAGGGUGUCAAGGGCUGGUGCAACACGCAAACCAUUUACCACAAGGCGAGGCCCUGA